CUGGGAGACAGAUGAUUGACACCGCCGCCAUUUUGCCCUCUCGGCUUCCAUUGUGUGAGAGAUAGUAAAUAUCUGACACUGCCAGACAACCACAACACUGUUGUGUCCGUGCGAAGAAAAGCAUUCAAUUCACCCACGUUCAGGUGAUACUUUGUCGUAAUGGCUCGUACCAAGCAGACUGCUCGUAAGUCCACUGGAGGUAAGGCUCCACGUAAGCAGCUGGCCACCAAGGCUGCCCGCAAGAGCGCCCCCUCCACCGGUGGAGUCAAGAAGCCCCAUCGUUACAGGCCUGGCACCGUGGCUUUGAGAGAGAUCCGUCGGUACCAGAAGUCCACUGAGCUGCUGAUCCGUAAGCUGCCCUUCCAGCGUCUGGUGAGAGAGAUCGCUCAGGACUUCAAGACUGACCUGCGUUUCCAGAGCGCUGCCAUCGGUGCCCUACAGGAGGCCAGUGAGGCAUAUCUGGUGGGUCUCUUUGAGGACACCAACCUGUGUGCCAUCCAUGCCAAGCGUGUCACCAUCAUGCCCAAAGACAUCCAGCUGGCACGCCGCAUCCGUGGAGAGCGUGCUUAGACUGGCUCCCCAAUGUUUCACCUCUGUCCUGUUUUUCUUUACCUGUCCCUGCCCUCGCUCCUGUGUUCUCCCCCUCCUACCACCCUCCUCCACCCAUCCCCUUCACCCUGCCUCCCCCGCCUGCCCAGCUUCUCAGUAGACUUU